UGGAACAUAUCACUCCAGAGAUGAAAGCACAGAUAGUGGACUUAGCAUGAGCAGUUAUAGUGUACCCAGAACCCCCGAUGACUUCCUGAACAGUGUUGAUGAGAUGGAUACAGGUGACAGUAUCAGCCAAAGUAACAUACCGUCCCAUCAGAACCGUUUCCCAGACUACCUUGAAGCCAUUCCAGGGACAAAUGUGGACCUUGGGACACUGGAAGGAGAUGGGAUGAAUAUAGAAGGAGAAGAACUGAUGCCAAGUCUGCAAGAGGCUUUGAGCUCUGACAUCCUUAAUGACAUGGAAUCUGUCUUGGCAGCCACCAAGCUAGAUAAAGAGAGUUUUCUUACUUGGUUAUAGGGGCCUCAGGGAGACUGAAUUCUAAAUCUGUGAAGGAUCUAAGGAGAAUAGGACAUCUGUACCUGAAGUUCAGAACAAGCCAGUGUGGCACACUUUGGCUUGUGUUCAGAAAAAGUAAAUGAACAAAUAUUCAACAAGAUUCUUUCAUUUUGCUCUUCCUUGUCCAUCGCUGCUGUUAUAUAUUGCUGACUUUUUUCCACAGUUGACUCUGAAGAACAGACAUCUUCUUGAUCUUUUUCUAUUGCUGUUGCAACUACUGUUCAAGGGGGGUGGGGAGGGAUGAUGAGCCUAUUUGGAUGACGAAUGCCAUUCCUUUUGUCCUAGUGUGCGCUUGCAUAUCAUUUUAUCUAAGUACUCAGAUUUGAGAGUUAAUUUCUGCAUGUCACUGCUUGUAGUUUGCUCAGCUAGUUGUCUCCUGCUGCCUGUGGCAAGUGGUAAAACAUGACAUACUGGGGUGACAAGCCAAAAAUGAUGUAUCUGGUCAAAAGAAGUCAAUACUGAUUUGGAGAUAUGACUUAAAGGAGGGCUGAAGACUGUUUGGCAUUAAGUGUUUCUACUAGUAGCUCUUUUAUUAGUCACAAAGUGCUCUUGUUCAUAUUUUAUGUUAUAGUAAAUCAUGAGUCAUUUUACAUAGAAACAUAUGAACUUUGAUUGUUGCCACAUAUUCUAACCUAACUUUUGUUUGUCAAAAAUAGUUUUAUUAUUUUUGUUAGUUGGUUUAACUGUAGCUGUAGGAUGGGAAGUAAUUAUAGGUGUUCUUUUUUUUAAGAAAUAGUGAAAUCUAAGGGUUUUUCUGAUUUCACAUAGUCUUAUUUAAAUCUGAAUUGUCUGCUUUUUUUAUACUUAAAACAUGCCUAUUGUAGCCUGAUAAGCUAGUGAGUACAUAAAUCAGUAUGUUUUGCCUGUAACUUUUUUUUAUUUUUUUAAAGGCUAGCUUUGAAUGUAACCUUUAGAAUUAAUGACCAGUGGCUUAUUUUUCAUGUUUAUUUGCAGGAUUUUGAAUUAGAAUC